AGACGCCUCCUUAUCGUGGAAGGUCUUGCAGCAACAGUAAAGGCAGAGAAGUGCGCGGAAGAGAUGGCCCACACUGGUGAGCAGACCACACUGCCAGAGUGGAUCGACGAAAAGUUCGUGGCUUCGUCGUUGAGAAAGGCUGAGAGUGACGAUGAUCUGCACGUGGAAUCGAUGGACAUAGCCGGGGCGGACGCUAGCGGAGGCGGUUUCCACGGCGAGAUACACCGUGUGGUGGCGAGGGUGCGCCACGGCAGCGGUCAGGCGAGGAAGCGGUCGAUGAUUGUGAAGAGUCUCAGUCGGUCAGGAGCUAGCAUGGAGGCCGCGCACAUAGGCGGCCUGUUUCUCAGGGAGACCCUCGUAUACAAGGAGAUGCUGCCCGCCGUAAGCUCUGCUCUGAAGGCCGUAGAAGGCAGCGACUGGCAGCCACUGGCUGCCAGCUGUUACCACAGCGGCUCUCUGCCCACAGAGUAUCUCGUCCUGGAGGACUUGCAGGAAUCGGGCUUCAAGGUGGCCGAGAACGGGAAACUCCUGGAUCGGGAACAGUGUUCGCUGGUUGUGAAGUGUCUGGCGCGCCUGCACGCUGCCUCUCUUUUGUUCGCAGGCCACGAGUCCCUCGCUGGUCCCACGUUCAAAACCCAUCCAUUGCACCUAGAGGGAGCUAAGGAUUUCUUCCGGACCUACACGCACAAGGCUUUCGCAGCAGUGGCGGAAAAUCUGGGAAAGCAUACCGGUUAUGAGAAAUACGCAACCAAAUACAGAGAGCUGAGUGCUGACAUUUUCGACAGGGUGGAACAUGCGGUGUCUUCUGUGACACCGGUGCUGGUGGUUCUGCUUCACGGCGACGCGUGGAAGAACAACCUCAUGUUCAGAUACAGCGGUGACCACGUGACAGACGUCAGAAUCAUCGAUUUCCAAAAUUGCUUCUGGGGGACACCAGCUUUCGACCUUCAACACUUCCUGUACAGCAGCGGCGGCGAGGAAGUUCAUCGGCACCACUUCGACCAGCUGCUGUCUGAAUACCAUGCGACGCUGCAGACCUCGCUGCGCGCCUUGGGUUUCCACGAGCAGGCGGACGCCUUCCCGCUGCGGCAGCUGCUGAGGGACAUGGACGAUCUGGCAAUCCACGGGGUGGGCAUGUCCGUGGUGGCGGCCUCCAUCAUCCUCGCACCGGAGUUCAUCCCAGAAGACGCCGAGGAAGCAGUUAGCGAUGCCUCCACCAGUGACGCGUACUUCCAGCGCUGCACCAGCAACUCCAAAUUCAUGUCCCACAUGGAAUUCCUGGCUCCAGUCCUGGAAAGAAAGGGCGCAUUGUGAUCAGAAAACUAUGUAUACUACAUCUUCAAUGUACAGACUGUGUGCUUUGAAAACUGUUUCUUCAUUAAAUAAUUGUGGUUUUGUUAC